CCUUUCCUCACCGGCGGUUAUUUUUUCUAUAUCUCCGGUGGCCUCCACCGGUACUUCUUUUUCUAGAAUAACAUGGAAUCCAUACUCGCCAGGGCGUUGGAGUAUACUCUCAAGUACUGGCUUAAAUCUUUCACCAGAGAUCAGUUCAAGCUACAAGGACGCACUGUUCAGCUCUCCAAUCUAGAUAUAAACGGUGAUGCGUUGCACGCAAGUCUUGGAUUGCCGCCGGCAUUGAAUGUUACCACCGCCAAAGUCGGCAAGUUAGAGAUUAUUCUCCCUUAUUUGAGCAAUGUACAAGUCGAGCCCAUUGUUGUGCAAAUCGAUAAGCUUGAUUUGGUAUUGGAGGAAAAUGACGAUUUGGAUGCAUAUAAGGCCACAGACAGUGCACAGACGCCAUCCAGUCCUGCAAAAAGCAGUGGAUAUGGAUUUGCUGACAAGAUUGCAGAUGGAAUGACAUUAGAAGUACGUACUGUCAAUCUUUUACUUGAGACUCAUGGGGGUGCUAGACGAUGCGGAGGAGCAACUUGGGCAUCACCAAUGGCAUCUAUUACUAUCCGCAACCUCUUGCUUUAUACCACAAAUGAGAAUUGGCAGGUUGUAAACCUUAAGGAAGCAAGGGACUUCUCAAAUGACAAGAAGUUCAUCUAUGUGUUCAAAAAGCUUGAAUGGGAGCAUCUAUCCAUCGACCUCCUGCCUCACCCUGAUAUGUUUGCAGCAUUUUCUGAAGGUGCAUUUAAGGAUGAUGAUGGUGCAAAGAGGGUAUUCUUUGGUGGGGAGCGCUUCCUUGAAGGAAUAUCUGGAGAAGCUUAUAUUACCAUACAAAGGACAGAGCUUAAUAGUCCACUAGGGUUGGAACUCCGGUUACAUAUAACUGAAGCCGUGUGCCCAGCUUUGAGUGAACCAGGGCUUCGAGCUCUUCUUCGCUUCUUUACUGGAUUGUAUGUCUGUCUGAAUAGAGGAGAUGUGAAUCCAAAUUCUCAAGAGCGAUCAGCGGAAGCUGCAGGGCGUACACUAGUCUCCAUUAUGGUGGACCAUAUAUUUUUUUGCAUCAAGGAUACUGACUUCCAGUUAGAACUUCUGAUGCAGUCACUUGUCUUUUCUCGGGCCAGCCUUUCUGAUGGAGAAAUUGCCAAAUGCUUAACUCAGGUGAUGAUUGGUGGACUAUUUCUGCGGGAUACUUCCUCUCGCCCACCAUGUGCAUUAGUGCAACCAUCUAUGCAGGAUGCUGCAGAGGAACUAUUACACUUUCCCGAUUUCGGAAAGAAUUUUUGUCCUCCAAUAUAUCCAUUAGGGGAUCAACAAUGGAAAUCAAGUGACCAUGCUCCACUCAUGUCCCUCCAUUGUCUUCAGUUUAUGCCCUCUCCUACUCCACCAUCCUUCUGUUCACAAACGGUCAUCAACUGCCAGCCUCUUAUGAUUCAUCUUCAAGAAGAGUCCUGUCUAAGAAUAUCAUCCUUACUAGCUGAUGGAAUUGUGAUUAAUCCUGGAGAUAUUUCGCUAGAUUUCUCUGUGAACUCCCUUGAAUUCAAUGUGAAAGGACUGGAUAUCACUAUUCCAUUGGAAAACCGAAGGUCUAACUCUCCAUGUGACAACUACCCUAUAUAUGAGACCUCCUUUACUGGAGCAAGGCUUCAUAUUGAUAACUUAUUCUUUUAUGAGUCACCUUCCCUGAGGCUGAAGAUGCUCAAUCUUGAGAAGGACCCAGCAUGCUUCUGUCUAUGGAAGGGGCAACCCAUUGAUGCCAGCCAGAAAAAAUGGACAAGUGGAGCUUCUCUCCUUCGUCUGUCACUGGAAACAUGUAAUAACUCGAAAGGAGCUGGUGGUUCUCUUUCACACUCCUCAGAAUUGUGGAGUUGUGUCGAGAUUAAAGGUGCUUGCAUCCAGGUUGCAAUGGUAACAGCAGAUGGAAGCCCUUUAAUAGAAGUCCCUCCCCCAGGGGGUGUUGUUAGAGUAGGAGUUGCUUGUGAACAAUAUCUGUCCAACACCUCAGUUGAGCAACUAUUUUUUGUGUUGGAUCUCUAUGCCUACUUUGGUAUGGUCAGUGAGAAGAUGGCCACGGUUGGAAGAAGUAAAUAUAAGAAAGUGGUGAAGCAUGAACCUUGUGAUGGAAGUCUGAUCGAAAAGGUUCCUGGUGAUACUGCUGUUAGCUUAGCAGUUAAGGACCUAAAGCUAAGAUUUCUAGAAUCUUCCUCCAUGGACAUUCAGGGAAUGCCUCUAGUUCAAUUUGUUGGGGAAGAUCUGUUCAUGGAAGUUACUCAUAGAACCUUGGGCGGUGCCAUGGCCAUUUCAUCAACUUUACGGUGGGACAAAGUUCAGGUGGAGUGUGCAGAGACUGAGAGAAGCUCUAUAAAUGCAAAUGGUGUGAUGCCAGAUGCUACCACAGAUUUUCUUCCUUUUCCAAAUGGCAACCCUAAAUUGAGAACUGUCUUUUGGGUGCAAAACAGAAGGAAUUAUCAAGCAAAUGACAGUGCUGUCUCAACUCCAUUUUUAAAUUUACGUGUGGUGCAUGUUAUUCCGUAUAAUGCACAGGAUACAGAGUGUCAUAGUUUAAGUGUGUCAGCUUGCAUUGCGGGCGUACGCCUUGCAGGAGGAAUGAAUUAUGCUGAAGCUCUACUCCACCGCUUUGGAAUUCUAGGACCAGAUGGUGGCCCAGGGGUUGGGCUCUCCAAGGGUUUGGAGCAUUUGUCUGCUGGGCCGUUGUCAAAACUUUUCAAAGCAUCACCUCUACUUGUUAAGGAUUUCAGGGAGAAUUGUAAAAGUGAAAGCAUGGAGGAGAAGCAUAGUGGUUACUUGCACUUGGGUGCACCGGAUGAUGUAGAUAUAUCACUAGAAUUGAAGGACUGGUUAUUUGCAUUGGAGGGUGCAGAGAUGGCAGAAAGAUGGUGGUUCUACAAUUCAGAUGACUCUUACAGAGAAGAGAGGUGUUGGCACACAACUUUUCAGAGUUUUAAAGUUAAGGCAAACAGCAGCAUAAAUAACUCGGUGAAUGGCAAAAAGAAUUUGCCUGGAGCACAGAAGUAUCCUGUUGAAUCAGUGACGGUCGGUGUUGAAGGCUUGAAGACGUUAAAACCCCAGCAGCAGAAGGGAAUUGUAGCCACAAAUGGGCACAAGCACGAUUCACAUGGUGGGGUAGAUCUUGAAGCUGACAUAGUGUUAUCUGAAGAUGAUGGUGCCAAUAAGUGGGUGGUUGAAAGUUUAAAAUUUUCUGCAAAACAUCCGGUUGAGGCAAUUGUAAGCAGGGAUGAGCUGCAGCAUGUUGCUCAACUAUGCAAGUCAGAAGUUGAUUCCAUGGGGAGAAUAACUGCUGGGGUUUUGCGUGUGUUGAAGCUAGAAGGAUCAGUUGGUCAGACAGCAAUGGAUCAAUUAAGCAACCUUGGAAGUGAAGGCUUCUACAAGAUCUUUUCACAAAAGAACCUGCACAGAGAUAGUAAUGCUUCUAGUCCGUCUUCCGUAGCGACUGCAGAUAACCAAUGUUCUUCUUCGUCCUUCAAUUCAACAUUAACUUUACUUGAGGCUGCAUUAUUGGAUUCACAGACAAAUUGUGCAACUCUUGCCGAUGAAUUAAGCAGUUCUGAAUCUUCCAAGCGACACCUUGAUAGGGUAGAACAACUGGCUCAGAAACUAGAGAGUAUGCAGAAAUUGUUGUCAAAGUUGCAGACUCAAGUAUGAUUCCACCUUCUACACUGCGGUUGUACAAUUUGGGCAUAAUACAGUCCCUGGUCACAUAGUUGUGCAUUCAUUAGCUAAUUAAUGUAUAUAUGUAUAUACCAGCACUUGUGCCAAAGUCUUGCUGGUGGGAAGUUUUGUAUGAACAGUGAUGAAUUUGCGAGAUUUAUUAUAUAGUAUAUAGGCUUAUAAUAUGCAUUUGCAUGCU